AUGGAGGGGAGCGUUCAGAGUGAUGGGAUGGAGGGGAGCGUUCAGAGUGAUGGGAUGGAGGGGAGCGUUCAGAGUGAUGGGAUGGAGGGGAGCGUUCAGAGUGACGGGAUGGAGGGGAACGUUCAGAGUGAUGGGAUGGAGGGGAGCGUUCAGAGUGAUGGGAUGGAGGGGAGCGUUCAGAGUGAUGGGAUGGAGGGGAGCGUUCAGAGUGAUGGGAUGGAGGGGAGCGUUCAGAGUGACGGGAUGGAGGGGAGCGUUCAGAGUGAUGGGAUGGAGGGGAGCGUUCAGAGUGAUGGGAUGGAGGGGAGCGUUCAGAGUGACGGGAUGGAGGGGAGCGUUCAGAGUGAUGGGAUGGAGGGGAGCGUUCAGAGUGAUGGGAUGGAGGGGAGCGUUCAGAGUGAUGGGAUGGAGGGGAGCGUUCAGAGUGAUGGGAUGGAGGGGAGCGUUCAGAGUGAUGUGAUGGAGGGGAGCGUUCAGAGUGAUGGGAUUGAGGGGAGCGUUCAGAGUGACGGGAUGGAGGGGAGCGUUCAGAGUGAUGGGAUGGAGGGGAGCGUUCAGAGUGAUAAUGCUGUGAGGACUGAUGGGAUGGAGGGGAUCGUUCAGAGUGAUGGGAUGGAGGGGAGCGUUCAGAGUGAUGGGAUGGAGGGGAGCGUUCAGAGUGACAGGAUGGAGGGGAGCGUUCAGAGUGAUAACGCUGUGAGGGGUGAUGGGAUGGAGGGGAGCGUUCAGAGUGAUGGGAUGGAGGGGAGCAUUCAGAGUGAUAAUGCUGUGAGGACUGAUGGGAUGGAGGGGAUCGUUCAGAGUGAUGGGAUGGAGGGGAGCGUUCAGAGUGAUGGGAUGGAGGGGAGCGUUCAGAGUGAUGGGAUGGAGGGGAGUGUUCAGAGUGAUGGGAUGGAGGGGAGCGUUCAGAGUGAUAAUGCUGUGAGGACUGAUGGGAUGGAGGGGAUCGUUCAGAGUGAUAACGCUGUGAGGAGUGAUGGGAUGGAGGGGAGCGUUCAGAGUGAUGGGAUGGAGGGGAGCAUUCAGAGUGAUGGGAUGGAGGGGAGCGUUCAGAGUGAUGGGAUGGAGGGGAGUGUUCAGAGUGAUGGGAUGGAGGGGAGCGUUCAGAGUGAUAACGCUGUGAGGAGUGAUGGGAUGGAGGGGAGCGUUCAGAGUGAUGGGAUGGAGGGGAGCGUUCAGAGUGAUGUGAUGGAGGGGAGCGUUCAGAGUGAUGGGAUGGAGGGGAGCGUUCAGAGUGAUGGGAUGGAGGGGAGCGUUCAGAGUGAUGGGAUGGAGGGGAGCGUUCAGAGUGAUGGGAUGGAGGGGAACGUUCAGAGUGAUAACGCUGUGAGGACUGAUGGGAUGGAGGAGAGCGUUCAGAGUGAUAACGCUGUGAGUCUGUGUAACGGAAGGCAGAGCCACGGGAGAGACAACAACAACCACCCCAGCCUGUCCUGGGCUGCUGAACUACAGCCACCUGAGCCUGGCCCAGCGUGGCCUGGGCUGCUGAACUACAGCCACUUGAGCCUGGCCCAGCCUGUCCUGGGCUGCUGA